UGUGAUAAAACUACGUCGUUUGAAAGCUUUGUCGUCCCCUAUCUAUCCUCUUUUCAAGAAUCCAUUUCCACUGUGCACAACAUAUGGCGUCUUCACUUUCUCGCCAGUUCUCAACUGCGUCACGAGAUACCAUUUCUACCCAUGGGUCAACCACCGUCUUCAACCACCACUCUCCGCCGCUGUUCCUCCGGGUCCAAUAUCCAACCAGUUGUGGUAGCGGUGGAGCACAGUUCUCUAAGUUCAAAUGCUCCGCAGCGGAUUCCCAAACCGGGUUCUUCACGAAAUUGGGACGUUUAAUCAAAGAGAAGGCGAAAAAGGACGUAGAGAAGAUAUUCUCUGGUGGGUUUUCGAAAACAAGAGAUAAUUUAGCGGUAAUUGAUGAACUACUCCUCUAUUGGAAUCUCUCCGACACCGACCGCGUUCUAGAUGAAUUAGAAGAGGCAUUAUUGGUGUCGGAUUUCGGCCCAAAGAUCACAGUAAAGAUUGUCGAGAGCUUGCGAGAUGAUAUAUUUGCUGGAAAACUCAAAUCAGGAACUGAAAUAAAGGAUGCUUUGAAGAACAGUGUAUUGGAUAUUUUGACAAAGAAAGGUGCUAAAACAGAGCUUAAACUUGGAUUCAGGAAACCCGCAGUGAUCAUGAUUGUUGGUGUUAAUGGAGGUGGAAAAACUACAUCUCUUGGGAAACUAGCUUAUCGGUUAAAGAGUGGAGGUGCUAAGAUACUAAUGGCGGCUGGUGAUACAUUCCGGGCAGCUGCGAGUGACCAAUUGGAAAUUUGGGCAGAAAGGACGGGCUGCGAGAUUGUUUCAGCUGAAAAAGUGAAAGCCAAAGCAUCAUCAGUUCUGUCACAAGCCGUUAAGAAAGGGAAAGAAGAAGGUUACGAUAUUGUUUUAUGCGACACCUCCGGCCGACUUCACACUAAUUAUAGCUUGAUGGAAGAAUUGAUAGCAUGCAAAAAAGCUGUUGCAAAAGUUGUUCAAGGCGCCCCUAAUGAAAUUCUACUCGUUUUGGAUGGAACAACGGGUUUGAAUAUGCUUCCACAAGCUAGGGAAUUCAAUGAGGUUGUGGGAAUAACCGGUUUCAUUUUGACAAAACUUGAUGGCUCUGCAAGAGGAGGCUGCGUGGUUAGUGUAGUUGAUGAGCUUGGGAUUCCUGUGAAGUUUGUGGGUGUUGGGGAAGGGGUGGAAGAUCUCCAGCCAUUUGAUGCACAAGCUUUUGUUAACGCCAUUUUCUCUUGAGGCGUUGCCAAGAGAAGGUGUAUCAUAGUAUCAUGUAUGGAGCAAUGGUAACACCAUAUGAAUGCUCGAGAGAGAAGGGGAUUAGCCUAAAAGGACUAUUCCAUUUAGUCCAGAAGCACAACGAUAAGAUUAUUGUGAUCAAAAUGGGUAUUUCCGAUGGUUGAGAUUGGGUGUAAAAGUGUGGUUUAUGUAAAAGAUAAUUUAGGGACUCGAUUCAUUUGGGUUACUUCUAAAGUGCACCCUCAAUCGGUUUUUAAUGCUUAAAUUAAAGUUUUCCUUCGUA